GCCGCCAUGAGCCCUGCGGGGAGGGGGCAACGCCGGGACCCCCAUAACGCCGUGGAGGUCCUCCAACAACAGCCAAAGGUCCUCCAACAACAGCCGGAGGUUUUCCAAGAGGCCGCGGUCAACCGAGGCGCUGUGGUCCUCCAACAGCACGUGGUCCUCCAACAGAACGCGGACCUCCAAGGAGCCCCUCCGGAAGCUGAGGUCCUCCAAGACUCUAUGGUCAGCCAGGGGUCUGUGGUCCUCCAAGGCUCCGUGGUCCUCCAACACCCUGCGGUCCUCCGAGACUCCGUGGUUCACCUGGAGACAGAGGUCCCCCAAGACUCUAUGGUCCGCCAGGACCCCAAUGUCAACCCAGACCUCAUCGUCCUCCAAGACUCUAUGGUCAGUUGGGGCUCCGUGGUCCUCCAAGGCUCCGUGGUCCUCCAACACCCCACGGUCCAGCUGGAGGCAGAGGUCAACCGAAGCUCUGUGGUCCUCCAACACCCCGCGCACCUCCAAGACCUCAAAGUCAACCGAGACUCCGUGGUCCUCCAAGACUCCGUGCUCAACCGAGGCUCCGCAGUCCUCCAAGACCCCGCGGUCCACCUGGAGACAGAAGUCCUCCAACACCCCUCGCUCCUCCCCUCCCCCGUGACCCCCCCGGAACCUGACCCCCCCCAGGGUCCCACCGCCAACCCCGGCCCCCUGACCGACCGACGCUCUGUGACCCCCCAGCGCUCCGUUCCCGUGGACCUGGAGGACCCCACAGCCCUCGGGGACGCAGAGAGUCGCCAGGACUCUAUGGUCAGCUGCGGCCCCACGGAUCAGCUGGAGCUGAAGACCCCCCGCCACCCCACGGCCUCUCUGGGUCUGGAGGUCCUCCAGAACUCUGUGUCCGACCGCCGCCCCGCAGCCCCUCUAGGCCUCAAGGCUCACCCCAACUCUAUGGUUAACUGUGACCCGACGGAACACCUUGACUUGAAGGCCCGCCACGACUCUACGGCCAACCACGACCCAACGGCCGCUCUAGGCCUCAAGGUCCUCCACGGCUCUAUGGCCGACUGCAGCCCUGCGGCCUCUCUAGGCCUCAGUGCCCACCGUGACUCUGUGAUUAAUUGUGAAACGGCCGCUCUAGGCCCCAAGGUCCCCCAGAACUCUAUGAUCAACUGCAGCCCCACGGCCACUCUAGGCCCCAAGGUCCCCCAGAACUCUAUGAUCAGCUGCAGCCCCACGGCCGCUCUAGGCCUCAAUGCCCACCGUGACUCUGUGAUUAAUUGUGACCCAACGGCCGCUCUAGGCCCCAAGGUCCUCCAGAACUCUAUGGUCAACUGCAGCCCCACGGCCACUCUAGGCCCCAAGGUCCGCCAGGACUCUAUCGUUAACACCGAUCCAAUGGAACACCUUGACUUGAAGGCCCACUGUGACUCUAUGGUUAACCACGACCAAACGGCCGCUCUAGCCCCCAAAGCCCACUGUGACUCUAUGGCCAACUGCGACCCAACGGACACUCUAGGCCCCAAUGCCCACCACAACUCUAUGGUCAAACUCAGCCAUGUAGCUCCUCUAGUCCCAAAGGCCCACUGUGAUUCUAUGGCCAACCAUGACCCGACGGCCUCUCUAGGCCUCAAGGUCCUCCAGAACUCUGUGGUCGACUGCAGCCCCAUGACCACUCUAGGACUCAAUGCCCACCGUGACUCUAUGGUUAACUGUGACCCGAUGGAACACCUUGACUUGAAGGCCUACCACAACUCUAUGGCCAACCCUGUCCCAACGGCCUCUCUAGACCUCAUGGUCCCCCAGAACUCUAUGGUCAACCACAGCUCCAUGGCCGCUCUAGGCCCGAAGUCCCACUGCAACUCUAUGGCCAACCAUGACCCAGUGGCCACUCUAGGCCCCAAUGCUCACAGUAACUCUAUGGUCAGUUGCAGUCCCAUGGCCACUCUAGGCCUGAAGACCUCCUGCGACUCUAUGACCAACCACGACCCAGCGGCCACUCUAGGCCCAAAGACCCCCUGCGACUCUAUGACCCACAGCAGCUGUAUGGCCACUCUAGGCCCAAAGAUCCCCUGCAACUCUAUGACCAAUCACAACCCAGCGGCCACUCUAGGCCCAAAGAGCCCCCGCAACUCUAUGACCAACCAUGACCCAACGGCCACUCUAGGCCUGAAGAUCCCCUGCAACUCUAUGACCCACCACAGCUCUACAGCCACUCUAGGCCUGAAGACCACCUGCAACUCUAUGACCCACAGCAGCUCUACGGCCACUCUAGGCCUAAAGACCUCCCGCAACUCUAUGACCCACAGCAUCUCUACGGCCACUCUAGGCCUAAAGACCCCCUGCGACUCUAUGACCCACCGCAGCUCUAUGACCAACCAGGACCCAGCGGCCACUCUAGGCCCGAAGACCCCCUGCGACUCUAUGACCCACAGCAUCUCUACGGCCACUCUAGGCCUAAAGACCUCCCGCAACUCUAUGACCCACAGCAUCUCUACGACCAACCACGACCCAGCAGCCGCUCUAGGCCCGAAGACCCCCUGCAACUCUAUGACCCCCCGCAUCUCUACGACCCACAGCAGCUCUAUGACCAACCACGACCCAGCGGCCGCUCUAGGCCUGAAGACCCCCUGCAACUCUAUGACCCACAGCAUCUCUAUGACCCACAGCAUCUCUACAACCAACCACGACCCAGCAGCCGCUCUAGGCCCGAAGACCCCCUGCAACUCUAUGACGCACAGCAUCUCUACGACCAACCACGACCCAGCAGCCGCUCUAGGCCCGAAGACCCCCUGCGACUCUAUGACCCACAGCAUCUCUAUGACCCACAGCAUCUCUACAACCAACCAUGACCCAGCGGCCGCUCUAGGCCCGAAGACCCCCUGCAACUCUAUGGCCCACAGCAUCUCUACGACCAACCACGACCCAGCGGCCGCUCUAGGCCCGAAGACCCCCUGCAACUCUAUGACCCCCCGCAUCUCUACGGCUGCUCUCUGCCCUGAACGUCCGUCUGCCCCACGUCGCCGCCUGCCUGCCUUGGCCAUCCUCACCCUCUGCGCCCUACUGUGCCCUCCUGGCACCUCGGCCUCAACCUUAGAAUUCCCAGGGACUCCGGGUCAGUGGGUUCGUUACAACCGCUGGGGAUCCGGUGGUCGUUUGAGCUUCAGCUUGAAAACCAACGUCAGCCGCUCUCUGUUGCUCUACAUGGACGACGGUGGCAACUGCGACUUCUUGGAGCUGCUGGUGGCCGAAGGGAGGCUGAGGCUGCGUUUCGCCAUCGCCUGCGCCGAACCCACCGUCGUGGCGUCGGCGUCGGCGGUGAACGACGGCCGCUGGCAUUCGGUGACGUUGAGCCGGCGAGGGAGAGAAGCGACGCUGGCGGUGGACGGGGAAACGUCGGCGGGGGUCGUGAGGUCCAAAAGGGCCGAGAUGGCGGUGGGCAGCGAUUUGUUCGUGGGGGGGAUUCCGCCUGACGUCCGUCUGUCCGCUCUGACUCUCAGCACGGUGAAAUACGAAGCUCCUUUCCGGGGUUGGGUGGCUGAGUUGAGGGUGGGUGAAGAGCCGGCGGUGAUGCUGGGGGCUCAGGGGGUGCGUGGGGUGAACGGCCGGGAGGAGGAGGAGGAAGAGGAGGAAGAGGAGGAGGAGGAGGAAGAGAGGAGACGUUGCGCCCAGCACCCACCUUGCGCCCAUGGAGGGCGAUGCGCCCUGAGGAGGGGGGAGCCACAGUGCGACUGCGCCGGCACCGGGCACAGCGGGCCCUUCUGCGGGGAAGAGCGCCGUUGCCAUGGCGACGCAAUCACCGUGACAACGGUUACCAUGGAGACGGACGGUCCGCCUGUCGUCCUGGCAAC